AUGAUAUUAAUAUUGACGUAGGUAUGUCAACUGGGGGAAAAAAAAGGCACAAUCCAAAAGUUGAGAAUUAUGUUUUCUCUGGUGGAUUUCCAGAGGACUUAUGGAGAUCACGCUGAAGGACUGCUCAAAAGAGGUUUGAAGGGCCAGGGCCUUGCUCACGUGAACCCACUCCUGGCUUCUGGAUGUAGCAGAAGUGCACAGGGCUGAAUGUUUCUGGCCCCCCGCAAAUUUGAGCCCUUUGUGACAAGGCCAUAGCUUUGUGAUGCAGACAGGAGGUUUUGCCCUCCUGCAGACUCCCAGUGCUCCAUUGCCUGAAGGCAACCGUGCAGUUCAGAAGAUGGAGAAUCUCUUCUCUUUGAACAGCGUUAUUGCUACUUGGCUGAGCUCCAGUCCGACUUCUUGGGUUACGGACACCAUCUUCGCCGUCCUCUGCGGACUGGGGCUUUUCCUCCUGUUACUCCCCUGCUUGCCGGGGAGUCCAUCCUUACCACCACCCAGGAAACAAAGAAACAUCAAGAAGCAUCAAGUACAGCCGAAGGGAAGGAGCAGGAACAGGAAGAAAGGCGGAGCUUUGAAAGCUUGCAGAGACUAUCUGCAGGAACUGGAGAGCACUCGCAACAUGGUUUCACUUCUACAAAGCCGCAUCGGGAAGCUCCCUGACAAGGGCAGCUUUCAUCAGCCCUCACGUCAGGACCCCUCUGGUGAGGUUUGCAAAGCAGUGCCUGCUGGAGCCCACCAGCUAUGCGGGGAGCCUGUGGAAGAAGCUGCUCCUGCCAUGUCCCCGAUGGCUCCUCUGACCACACAUCCUCCACCGCUGGCCUCCAGCAAUUCUCCAGGCUCGACAACCUCCUCAGUUUCUGUUCAUCCACACACAUUACUGAGUUCCUUUCAGCCUUCCCUUCCGCCUGACAGCCCUUCACCCUGGCCAGUUGCUCCUCCUCCUCCCUUACCAUGUCCGCCUGAUUCAGAGGGCUGCCCUCCACCUCUGACAGCCCCAGCACUGCCAAACUCAAUUCUGACUCUCCCACUGGGCACUGUCCCACAGAGCAUGUCUCCACAUACCCCUUGGUCAGCUUCUCUUGCCCCAGGCAUUUCAGGCCUUGGUCACUCAAGCUGUCCCACUUCAGCCCUGUCCCGGUGGCAAGCAGCUGCCAAAGCCUUGUGCCCCGCGACCUCCUCACAGUGUGAACCGCAGAAAAAGCACCUUUCCCACGACCCACCAAAGGCUUCAUUCUUGGGAAGCCCCACAGACAGACAGACAGAGGCUAGUCGCCCCUCUUUGCUCAGCUCUGAUGACCAGAAGCUCCCGGAGAUACAAAUCACAAAGACAGUUGAGAUCAAGAUUUGGAAGGAGAAAGAAAAACAUGAAUCAUAUCUAAAACGAAUGAGCCCAGACCGCCACCUGAAUUCCUCAGGGAAUAUGUUGAAAUCACUGGAUGCUGAGCAGGACACCACACCCUCCCAACUGCCAGGUCCUCCACAGCUCUCAUAUCCCAGUGUGCUGGGGAACCAUCUACAGCAGAAGUAUAACCAGCUUUUCUGGGGUCUCCCUUCUCUGCACAGUGAAUCCCUGGUGGCUACUGCCUGGAUCUCUGAGAGCCCUUCAGCACCACAAUCUCCUUCUUUCCUUUUCAAUGGAAUUUUGAAUGCCUGCCCAGUUCAAAUGCAAGCUAAAACAUCUCCACUGCUUUCCCAGUCCCAGCCCUUGUUCCAUCUGGAAUUCCAAGCCCGGCCCUUUAUUCCAACAAUGCCUCAAUUUCAGCCCCCACCUCUGGCUCGGGUCCAAACCCAGGUCCACCCCCAGUCCUCCCUCCCAAUCCAACCACCUUCCUCUCCACCCCAAAUUAGGCCCCGUGAAGUAUCUUAUCCUACAGCACAGUAUAAUCCACAAUCUUUUAACCCAACUGAGGUUCAACCUUCAGAAUGGUGCUUGUUGCAGAAGCAACUAGAUGAGUGUUCUUUAUGCUCUGGAGUCAAAAAACCUCAGGAAGCCUUUAAUGUCUUUACUUCCAAUCUUUCUGAGGACAGCUGGGCAGUAUCUAUCCUCCCUAAGAAUUUUCCAAUCAGUCCUGAGCUCCGGAAGCAACUGGAACAACAUCUCCAAAAGUGGCUCAUCCAACACCGGUGGGAGCUGCCCCAAAGGAUCCAAGAGUCUUUAGAAACAAGGCAGCUUCAAGGUGAAUUACCAGGGAUGUGCGAGGCAAAGGGCCAGCAUGGGCCCUCACGGCCCUCUUCCCUUACAGGUGAAAGUAGCAAGGAUGCACAGAAGGUGGGGUUUCAGCUGAGCCAGGACCUGGGCCAAGGCCUGGGGCACAUUCUGGGGGAGGUCCCAGAAGACCCUUCCAGGAGCUCAGGAAGCUGCCGAGUAAAGUUUUAUGGGGUUAACCCUGAGGAGUCAGAGAGUGACUUGCGGCUCUUGAGGAAUGACUCAGGAAUUGAUUUACUAAGGCGCUUAGACAAGAAUCUGGAAAAUAUCCUGAAAGGUCCUUUGGGCAAGAAUUUAGGACAGAUCAGUGAGGGUCUGAGGCCUGGGAAUGUGUGUCAAUCCUGGCUUGCUCUUAAUCAUGCUUCCCCCAAGUCUGAUACUCACAUGGAAACCAGAAAUCUGGGAGUUUUGAAGGGUUGGAAACCCUAUGUGAACACCUCCCGUAGGGUUUCCUUCCUUGAUCCAGACAUUCGAAAGAUGCUAGACACCCAUGUUAAAAGGUUUUGGGUAAAGCACAGAUGGGGCCUACCCCUCAAGAUCCUGCAGCUCAUAAAUUUCUUUAAGUCGAAAAAGACUCAACCCUCACCCAUUCAACAGGUUAGCUUUUACCCCUCAGCCACCUGUGUAUCUGGGGCCCACUCAACAGUCAAGUUUGCGGAGUUCCUAGGAAAACCUCCGCAGGCCGAUUUGGUAAAGAAGGUGAUAACAGAAAAGUCAAUUUCCAGCCUGGUGAGGCCUCUCCUAGCUCCCUCACUUGUGUGUGAGGAAAUCCAGAGGACCGUAGAAUGGAUCCCAUCUGGUGACCACUAUGGGCCCCCAAAGGCCUCUCUAACUGAACAGGAGGGAAAGCCGCCCUCCCAGUCCCUCACUCGCAGACUUGUGGGCAGAAUCUGGAAGAGAGAGACUGUAGAGGGGGCCAAAAGGGACAGCCUAGAGUCACAUCUAAGUUCAGCAAAGGCCAGGAAUGAACCAAGAGAGGAGAGUGGUGGUCAGGCCUCACGAGACUCCAGCCAUCGGGUAACAAUGCUGGGGGUGAACUUAGGGUCCCAGUCUUUGGGAGCUGAAGAAGCCAGGGAGGCUGUGGAAGCUAAGAAGCUCUCUGCUCUUCAACCACAGCCUAGAGGUAUCUCGGGAACAAAUACGUUGACAAACCCCCAAACCACAAAUGUACCUAUGGGGAGUGUAGAGGCCCUGGGGACAAGGAAAAUCUCCCUGCUCCCUAGAAUGUCUGUUUUCCGGCAUCCAGGUGAGCCAGGCCUUAGCACAGAGGUUGUUAGCGACUAUACGCCCAAAGUGGAGGUACAGUCAGACAGCCAGCUUCAAGACGGUCCCAAACACAUGUCCCCUAUUGCAGACAACUUGGCCUCUCAGGGGCCCCAGUGCCAUUCCCAGACAGUGCCCACUGGAGACAGGUUAGCUUCCCGGGUGCUAAGUGGCUUCACAAAGACCCAAAGGAGUGGCCAGGGGCAGGAGAAGCCCAAGACUUCAAAACUUCAGGAUUUACGGAAGAGCCAGAGCAAGACACCCGCCCCGGCCGACGAGAGAGAGGACUCUCUGAGGCCUAAACCAGGAGCGCAUGAAGAAGGGUGUAAAGAAUCAGGGACCUCUCAAGCUGGAAGCGUGAGCCGCCCUGCCCAGGUGAGGGGAAUGAUAAGCCCUUUUGGGAGGAAAUAUCUCCAGGUGACGCCAGAGAAGAAGCAGGGGCCGACAGAAAGCUUCUUCAAAAACAGGCUGAGGCUCUUUUUCCAGUGGAUUUUCUCCAGGAAAAAAAUUAAAGGCUGGGAUUUUCCUCAAAGGUGCAAGCCCGUCCCAGCUACUACCCGGAGCCAAGCACCAGUCAAAAGCAGAUCAAUUUUGAACACUGAGACCACUGAGGCUCAGGCACUCAUGACGGCUCUCGGACAGAUUCUAGAAGAGAAAAUGGCGGUUCACCAUGGCCUCCAUGCCACAAAGUUAGAGGCACACAAACCAGAACUCCAAGCCCCUGCAUGGGGGCGCUUUUGCUACCACAGGCUUCCCUGCUAUCAGAAACAAGAAAGGAUGCUGAGUUACACAGCCUGCAGCCACCAAGCCACCUCCAAGGACCGGGGCGGUUCUACCAGGGAGAGCGAAGUCACACCCCAACAGUUCUUGAAAAGUGUAAGAUUCAGCAAUGAGCAGCUGGGCCUGAGGUGCCGCCCAUCUUUGCCCCUCAAGAACACUUUGUCUCCAGUCAGUCCCUGCCAGCAUGGGCCAAGGGUGUCAGGUGCCCCAGCCCCCCGUCCACACUGUCCGAGGCACUGUCCAAGGGGAGGUGCCUUGUCUGGUCAACCAUAAAAUGCUUCUCCAGCCUUUCCUUUAGUAGGAAAGCAUGUCUCCAA